UGCGCAGAUCACAAACUGUCACGAGGAUCAUCAGUAGUAGCACUUCCUCGUUCACAGACGCGAUCCUGGAGUAAGAGGACGUGUCGCAUCAUGGACAUCAAAUUAAAUUUAUGCUGUUUUCUUUUAAGCUGUAUGUUUAUGUGCUUGUCUGCACAAUAUGUGCCUCCGUACACUGAAGAUUGCAGAAAUGGCAUGUAUCCUCCAAACGGCCCAACAUUUAAAGGUGAUGUUCCUUGGUAUACUGUUGAUCUGGACUUGCCACCCAGCAAAAGAUGGACAGAUGUUAUCACAAGCAAAAAGAAUGAAAUGGUGAGUAUGAUUCAGGCUAUCCGAGAUCUUGCAGAUGCCUUUGUUCCCAGCGGGAAGCUCAUUGAUCUAGUGGACAAGGAUUUGCCCUUGAUGGUGCCUACCUUACCCUACCCUUUCAAUGAAGAGAUCAGAGGAAUUGCAUCAGCAUCUGGUGUUUCUUUGGGUGAGGUUGUGCUCUUCAAUAUAUUUUAUGAGGUUUUCACGGUUUGCACUUCACUGGUUGCAGAGGAUGUAAAUGGCAAUCUUAUUCAUGCAAGAAACAUGGACUUUGGACUUUUCAUGGGAUGGGACAUGCAGAACAGGUCAUGGGUCAUUACAGAGAAGCUGAAGUCAAUGGUUGUAAACAUUGACUUCAGACGAAACAACCACACCGUCUUCAAGUCCACCAAUUUCGCUGGAUAUGUGGGCAUGCUCACUGGUAUUCGUCCGCAAACAUUCACCCUCACUAUGAAUGAGCGAUUCAGUCUGGAUGGAGGGUACAUUGGGAUCUUGGAGUGGAUCCUGGGGAAGAGAGAUGGCAUGUGGAUGAGUUUUCUGACUCGUUCUGUUCUGGAAAACGCCACCAGUUAUGAGGAUGCCAAGGCACUGCUGUCUGACACUAAACUGCUGGCUCCAGCCUACUUCAUCCUUGGAGGCAAUCAGACGGGUCAGGCCUGCAUUAUUACCAGAUCCAGAAAAAACAGCAUCAGUCCUUUAGAGCUCGAUGUGAAGAAUGGCAGGUGGUAUGUAUUGGAGACUAACUAUGACCACUGGAAAGAGCCUCUGUUUUUGGAUGACCGCAGAACUCCAGCUAUGAAAUGCAUGAAUCAGACUACACAGGCUAAUAUCUCCAUUAAGACUGUCUAUGAUGUCCUCUCCACUAAGCCAGUCCUUAAUAAAUUGACCACAUACUCUACUCUUAUGGAGGUGUCUAAGGGAUCAUUGGAAUCUUUCAUCCGCGACUGCCCCAACCCCUGCAUGCCGUGGUGAUGGGCUCCAAGAUUUGCUGCAUUACUAUGAUGUUUUUUUGCACAUUAAUGUAUCAUACAAACUUUUAAUUGUUGGGCUCUUAAAUUUUAAAUGGUUUGCAACAUCUGCUUUUGGAAUCAUUUGUGGGCACCAUUGGGUUUGUCAAGCUUAGCUAUGGGUCAUAAUGCCAACUACAGGUAUAUUUAAGAGCUAACAGCCACUGCUACACUUUGUCAAAAGAUUAUGUCAGAUGCAAAGUAAUCAUUAAUUGUAAACUCGGUAGCAGUUAAGGCUUAGAACUAUAACGGGUUGUAAAUUUGUAUUUUUUUUAUUGAUUGAUUGUUUCUAUACAUGUUUUAUUUUUUAACUUGAUAUUUGCAUACACAAAUGUACAGUGGAACACAUUUUAACUUGAUAAUCAACACUAGUGCAUCUGAUCAUUUUUCCUCUUGCAUUUAACAGAACUGAAGAGGUUAAGUAAAGCUAAAACAAAUGUACAUGAAUAUUUGUAUACUACUAAUAUUUGUGCACUAUACAAAUCUAUGCAACAACACAAAGAGCAUCAAUGAACUGUGUAAAUAAUUGACAUGGGAAUAUUGGUGAAGAAUUGCAUUAAUAAACAUUUUUUUGCCAAAUAAAAAACACUGACCACCAAA